CGCCAUAACCCCAAAAUUCCCAGCCUCUCCUCUUCCAUCACAGCCAUUGAAGAUUGAAAACCCUCUGGGAGAGAACCGUCACAUAGCAGUUUAGGGAGAGAAAGUGUCACCAUGGCGACGUCUCUGCUUUUUUCUCCUCAUAUCUCUCCUCCAACCUUCGCGAAUCGCGAACUGAGUCUUGGUAGUAUGGGCCUCUUUAAGUCCUCUUUCUUCUGCAACCCUAAGCUUAUCUUUUCCUCUUCUCCUCCUAAAACGCGAGCAAACCCAUUUCCAAGAUGUUGUUAUAAGUCUCCGUUGGCGAAAUCUCUCGACCACAUACCGAAAGAGUUCAGAGGAGAAAAUCUUAAAGAUGGAUUGAUGGACAACUACAAGAAUGCCCCUCAAUAUCUUUACGGUCUUACUCGUUCACAGAUGGACAUGUUCAUGACAGAAGAUAAUCCUGUUCGCCGACAAUCAGAAAUAGUGACCGAGGAUAGCAUCUCAUCUGCCAACAAUUAUUUGAAUAAUGGUGGAAUGUGGAGUUUAUCAGGCAUGAACGAUAGGGGUCCUUCAAAAUACAGUAUGAGUGUAAGCAUGUAUCGUGGGGGAGCCAGAGGAUAUGGAAGACCGAGAACUGCUCCACCUGAUUUGCCAUCUUUGCUUUUAGAUGCUAGAAUUGUCUAUUUAGGCAUGCCAAUUGUGCCAGCUGUAACAGAGCUUCUUGUUGCUCAGUUCAUGUGGUUGGAUUAUGAUAACCCAUCAAAGCCUAUUUAUCUUUACAUAAAUUCAUCUGGUACACAGAAUGAGAAGAUGGAGACUGUUGGAUCUGAAACAGAGGCAUAUGCCGUUGCUGACACCAUGGCAUACUGCAAAUCAGAUGUCUACACAGUGAAUUGUGGCAUGGCAUAUGGUCAAGCAGCAAUGCUUCUAUCACUUGGUACCAAGGGCUAUCGUGCUUUACAGCCAAAUUCCUCCACAAAAUUGUAUCUGCCAAAAGUCAAUAAGUCAAGUGGGGCUGUCAUAGAUAUGUGGAUUAAGGCGAAAGAACUAGAUGCCAACACAGAGUACUACAUCGAACUCUUAGCAAAAGGAAUUGGGAAACCAAAAGAAGAAAUUGAGAAAGACAUCCAGCGUCCCAAAUAUUUCCAAGCACAAGAGGCCAUUGCCUAUGGCAUUGCUGACAAGAUAGUUGACUCGAGAGAUGCUGCAUUUGAGAAACGGAAUUAUGAUGAAAUGCUUGCCCAAUCAAAGGCCAUGAGGAGGGCACCAGGAGGUACUUCACAAGCAGCUCCCUCUGGAUUCAGAUGAUGCCACGAAGUCAUCAUGGGCCAUUGCUAUAUUCAAAGAGCAGGAUCAAGUUGUUCCACAGUCUGUAAGCUAGCUUUGUCUGAAACUUUGGUUGAUGUUGUAGUCGUAAUGCAAAGAAAGCUGGUCUCUAAAAAUCUGACCAGGUUGUGCUCGACUUAAUUUGUACUUAUUGAACUCUGUAUACAUGGGUAUAUAGGAGGAAGAUAGUGCUCUAAUACCAACACUUACUGUAAAUAAACAAAAGGCGACAUCCACACGGUGAAUUUUUUGCUUUCGUUGCAUAUUCUACUUGCAUACGGUUUUGCAAAAAUUAUGUGAAUCGCAUUUAUUUGUGAUCCUGUGGUGCUUCAACUUGUUUAUGUUUAAUUGAUUGUUGCAGAAUGCAUGGAAG